GGGCGGAGCGGCUGCGGGGGGUGGCGGAGGCCGGCGGCUGGGAGGGCAGAGCCGGCCGGGCCGCGCGGGGCUGGCUGGCUGGCAGAGCCCUUCCGCGGACACGGUUUCCCCGCGGGAGAUCGGGAGCGCGCGGGGGAGCGCGCACAGCCGCUCGCUUCCACCAGCCCAGAGCGCGCGAGCAUCUCUGCUGCAGCCGGGCCGGGCAGACGGCUCUGCUGCAGUUUCCACGAGCCCAGGAGACUGCCAGGCGCCCGCCGCCUCCCCUGGGUAUCAAGCCCAGAAGACCGCUCUCCCCAGCAUCGGCUGGAAUGCUUACGGAGUCUCCUGAAAGCUUCUAAGCCUGACUCUGAGGACCCAGCUGGAGAAUGCCUUCCGAACACUGCCUCAGUAUUCAAGAGAUGCUGACGGGCCAGAGGCUGUGCCACUCGGAAUCCCACAAUGACACUGUCCUCGCGGCACUGAAUCAGCAAAGAAGUGAUGGUAUCCUCUGCGAUGUGACCCUGAUUGCGGAGGAACAGAAAUUCCAUGCUCACAAGGCCGUCCUAGCAGCCUGCAGUGACUAUUUCCGGGCAAUGUUCAGUCUUUGUAUGGUGGAGAGUGGAGCCGAUGAAGUGAAUCUUCGUGGCGUGACCAGCCUGGGCUUACAGCAGGCUCUGGAGUUUGCGUACACAGGACAGAUUUUGUUGGAGCCAGGAGUGAUCCAGGAUGUGUUGGCAGCUGGCAGUCACCUACAGCUGUUGGAGCUUCUCAAUCUGUGUUCCCACUAUCUCAUCCAGGAACUAAAUAGCUUUAAUUACUUGGAUCUGUACAGACUUGCUGACCUCUUUCACCUCACAUUGUUGGAGAAGGCAGUGAUAGACUUCCUGGUGAAGCACCUCUCUGAGCUCCUGAAGAGCCGCCCAGAGGACGUUCUCACAUUGCCCUACUGCUUGCUUCAGGAGGUGCUGAAGAGUGACCGCCUGACCUCACUGAGUGAAGAGCAGAUCUGGCAGCUGGCUGUGAGGUGGCUGGAUCACAACUGCCACUACCAGCACAUGGACGAGCUCCUGCAGUACAUCCGCUUCGGCCUCAUGGAUGUGGAUACUCUCCACACGGUCGCCCUCGCCCACCCCCUGGUCCAAGCCAGUGAGACGGCCACUGCCCUUGUCAACGAGGCCCUGGAAUACCACCAAAGCCUCUAUGCACAGCCUGUGUGGCAGACGCGCAGGACCAAACCGCGAUUCCAGUCAGAUACUCUCUAUAUCAUUGGUGGGAAAAAGCGUGAGGUCUGUAAAGUCAAGGAACUUCGGUACUUCAACCCCGUGGAUCAGGAGAACGCCCUCAUAGCCGCCAUUGCCAACUGGAGUGAGCUGGCGCCCAUGCCGGUGGGAAGGAGCCAUCACUGUGUGGCCGUCAUGGGGGACUUCCUGUUUGUAGCAGGCGGGGAAGUGGAGCACGCCAGCGGCCGGACGUGUGCCGUGAGGACGGCCUGUCGCUACGAUCCUCGCAGUAAUUCCUGGGCAGAGAUAGCACCCAUGAAGAACUGCCGCGAACACUUUGUGCUGGGCGCCAUGGAUGAGUACCUCUAUGCAGUCGGGGGCAGGAAUGAACUGCGUCAGGUUCUGCCCACAGUUGAGAGAUACUGCCCCAAGAAGAACAAGUGGACCUUUGUGCAGCCCUUUGACAGAUCCCUUUCGUGUCACGCCGGAUACGUGGCUGACGGUCUUCUUUGGAUAUCAGGUGGCGUGACUAACACAGCACAGUAUCAAAACAGACUGAUGGUGUACGAGCCUAACCAGAAUAAGUGGAUAAGCCGCAGCCCCAUGCUACAGAGAAGGGUCUAUCACUCCAUGGCUGCUGUGCAGAGGAAGCUUUAUGUUCUUGGAGGCAAUGACCUAGAUUAUAAUAAUGACCGGAUUCUUGUGCGUCAUAUAGACUCUUACAACAUUGACACUGAUCAGUGGACACGCUGUAAUUUCAACUUGUUGACUGGCCAGAAUGAAUCUGGAGUUGCUGUCCAUAAUGGGAGAAUAUAUUUAGUUGGUGGAUAUUCAAUUUGGACAAAUGAGCCUCUGGCUUGUAUCCAGGUAUUGGACGUAAGCAGAGAAGGCAAAGAAGAGGUGUUCUAUGGACCCACACUUCCCUUUGCUUCAAACGGAAUAGCAGCGUGCUUCCUUCCGGCUCCAUAUUUCACAUGCCCUAAUCUUCAGACUCUUCAAGUGCCUCACCACAGGAUCGGCACUGUCUGAAAAGCCAGCACUCUGUCAGCCACCACCACCAGGAGAGCGAUGAGAGCUCGAUAUCUGGAUACGGGGCAUGAACAUCCUCAGCGCCCGAUGCUUCCCUGUCUUGUUUUACAGGUCUAAAAUUGUGAGAAAUACUAGCAAAAAAAAAAUGAAUAAUUUUCUAAAACAUAUUACUGAGAACUUUGCCACUUCUUUUGGUGUAUGUUAACAUACAAUGUGUGACUUUUGUUGUGGUGCACCUUACUGUCAUCCUACUGGCACGCUACUGUUUCAUGGAUCUUUAAAACAUUCCUUGUAACCCUGUUAUAAUCAGUGCUGUUGGAUCAUGUGACACUGUUAGUAAGGCACCUUUGACACAUGGCUUCAGUUUUCUCAUAUCCUUCUGUACCUAUGCCUUUCACUAAACAUUAGCGGGCCAUUUUUCAAACUUAACAUUCUGCAGCUCUGCUCAGAAGAACUUCAGCAGGAUGACAUCAUAAGCUUUAAGUGCCAUAUUUUAUUCAAGGUGUUAGGAGUAACAGACUUGGAAAACUUAGUUUCCAACCUCCGUUACGCUGACCUUGUAUCAGAACUUUAUAGGGCUUAGGUUUCUCACCCUUGAAAGAGGAUAAUUACUAAUUUUCACAUUAACUGAAAAAAAAAAUAUAUAUAUCUUGAGGAUUAGGCAAAUCUUCAGAACUUUGCCUAAGAAAAAGUUUUACUCAAAUUCUAAGAUGUUUUACUGUCUUUAGAGUGCUGUAACUGAAACCACAUUAUUUUCAAGUUUUUAAAUUUCAAGAUGGAAUGUAGAAAAGGUCCUGUGGGAUAAAUGAGUCUGAGAGCAUCAGAAAGACAGUGCACCUAUCCUAAGUAAGAAAGCCAAAGAUCCCUAAACUUGUACAAAUACUUGCCUCAAAGAAUUCUCUUAAAUGCCUAAUCUAAAAUUUAAAAAAAAAAAUUAGCUAUACUAACCAUGGCACCAUAGAAGGCUGUGACAUAAGACUGAGCUGAGAGUCAGCAGAUAUAAUAGACAUUUUCCAAAUUGUUAAAGGCUAUGUCAGUCUUGUGUACUUGUGGGAUUUUCUGCCACUGCCAAUACAUUUUUGUUGUUUUUUCUUUUCUUUUCUUUUCUUUUUUUUACUACCACCAGUUUUAAUAAUGCACAAUUUUUUUGUAGUAUAGAUUUUUGGGUUUGCUUUAUCUCUAACUAAAAAUGAAUCACCUUAAAAAUUCAACAUGUCUGUUUUUUCUAAUCUUGCCAAGACUUAAGGUCAUUUUUAUUAAAGGGAAGGCUAUUUUCUCUCAGCUGCUGAGUCAUUUGCUUAUGUCAUAGAAAUUGUCUGUUUUACUUGAAUAAUCACUUUUUUAAAUCAUCAUAAGUAAAUGAAAAAAAAUAAUAAUCCUUUUCUUUUUGUUCAGGGUGAUCUUCAAUUGGCUACAUAGCUAUGCUGGUGUCCAACUCAUGAUCCUCCCAAAUAAAACAAUCUUCUUACCUUAACAAAUUCAUUAAUUUUACACAAUGCUAUAUGAUACCUGAUAUAAACAAUCUCUAUAACAGUUGCUGGGGUUACAGGACAGGAAGUGACAGAAAGGGUAAAAAAACAAAACCAAAAAACAGAAGUUCAAACAGGAACAAGGAGCAUGUGGACUGUGAACAGUGACAGCUGAUGCAGGUAAAUGGCGAGACCAUUUUUAAAAGCUGCCUCUGAGCCUUCAGAAAUAAACUUACAUGUUCUGAAUGGAAAGUGCACUCCUGCCUCUCUGAUUUGUUUCAGCACAGACCUAAAUAAGAAAUGUUUCAGACUUUCUACUUGGUAUAGGAAUUUUCUCUCUAGUAGUUGAUCAUGUAAAAUCAUUAAGUUCUAUUUAUGUUCCCAGGUCCUAUACCCACUGAAUAAAAGAAAAUGGCUUAAAAAUAAGCAUGCCUGACUGAUAAUGGUAAGGGAGCUUGAGAUGAUCUUAGAAUGUUCCCUGAUUCGUUUCUAACUAUUCACUUAGGCCAGCAUAAAUUACCAAUUGCUCCUUGCUGGUCCUCAUGGUUCACUUUCUGCAAAGUUUGGACAUAUUCUAUUCUUCACAUGUAAAAUUAAAAAACAGCAUCAAAAGUGUCAUAUUCUUUUAGUAAAAAGAAAAAAAAGAUUGCUUAAUUGGACUCUUUUCUGCAAAAUCAUCUACAAUGAAGAUAAUCUGUGAAAUUAUACUUGAUAUAUAUAAGCAAAUCUCACCUGAACUACUCAGCUGUAUUCCCACCUAUUAUUUAAGUGUAGCAGCCUAUAGUAACUUAUCUCCCAUCUUCAAUCUUCAGAAUUAAAGACUGUAUUUUACUUUCCACAUAAGACCAUAAGACCUUGAAGCACUUAAACAUCAAAUGAGGAUUUUACCUUAAAAAACUAAAACAAAAAGUUUCAACAAUCAUUCUACUAUGAGAGGAAACUAGCAAAGACACAGCUCUCUAUCUAAAAUGUAAGAUGCAAUAAACUCCUAAUCUUUAAAAAUAAAA